ACACACCCACAGAAAACAGGACACUAGCGGCCGUCGGACGAAUGUUUACCGAGCAGGCAUAGAGUGGUGGUGAGGAAAGUGACAGUCACACUGGAGGCUCGGUGUAUGGUGAAGCACAGGUGAUUUCAGCCUUCACGGUUGCAUUUUACAGCGGAAUGUUCACUCGAAGGGGGCAUGGAGACGUCAAGAAAUCUACACAGAAAGUUCUGGACCCAAAGAAGGAUGUACUGACCCGGCUGAAACACCUGCGGUCACUGUUAGAUAUCAUUGACAAGAGUGAACUGAAGCCGUUCUUCGAAAGCAACUGUUCUCAGAUAUAUUUUAUCUUCUAUGAAAAUUUCAUUACACUGGAAAGCAACUUAAAACUAAAAGGGAACAAAUCACAAAGGGAGGAGCUGGACUCUAUCCUCUUUAUUUUUGAAAAAAUUCUACAACAUCUGCCCGAGAAGAUCUACAACAGAUGGCAGUUUCACAGUAUUGGUUCUAUUCUGAAAAAGCUUCUACACACUGGAAAUUCAUUCAAGAUCCGCUGCGAAGGGAUCCGUCUCUUCCUGCUGUGGCUGCAGGCCCUGAGGGACAACUGUGCCGAGGAGCAGUUCCUUAUCUUCGCCUGUCUGGUGCCGGGAUUCCCCGCUGUGCCCUCCUCCAGAGGGCCUUGCACCCUUGACACCAUCAUUUACAACCCCUUCUCCAACCCCCCUGAUGCCAAGGUGGUGCCUGAGGAGAUUACCCCCCUGGUCCCGGCUGUGGUUGGAGAAAAGGUUGCAGAGGAUCAGACCUGUUACAUCCUCGAGACUCUGCUCAAGUACAUGGUCAUCCAGGCCUCCAGUUUAGAAUGGAAGAACAAAGAGAACCAGGACACAGGCUUCAGGUUUCUCUUCAGCCUGUUCAAGAAGUACUACCUUCCACAUCUCUUCCCCUCCUUCACCAAGCUCACAAAUCUCUACAAGCCUUUACUAGACCUCCCCCACCACAGACCCAAACCCUUGUAUGUGCCAGUGACGCGGAACAAUGAGAGCACCUUCUGCACCAGGGACCAGUACCUGUCCCCCCGCGUGGCCUUCAUCACCUGGCUGGUCACCUUCUUCCUGGAGAAGAAGUAUGUGAGCAGUGCUGCUGCGGCGCAGAGCGCCAAGAACGGCACAGAGGUCAUUCCCAAACUCAUCCAGACUGUCACUGCGGGCAGUAGCAGCCAGGAGAAGGAGAAGGAGAAGGAUAAGACGUCAGAUGGGGAUACUAACGGGCCAGCAGGGGAGCCGGAGAAGAGCCACUCCAACAGCAGCACGCUGUCAGACCGCCGGCACAGCGACUCCAGUCUGUGUAGCAUCGAGGAGGAGCACCGCUAUGUGUAUGACAUGGUGCACGCCAUCCUUCUGUCCACCAGAGACAAUGUGAAUUUUGUCAACGAGGUCUUCCACCAGGCCUUCCUGCUGCCGUCUUGCGAGGCAUCAGCAACCAGGAAGGUGAUUAAAGUGUACAGGAAGUGGAUCCUGCAGGAUAAGCCCAGCUUCAUGACGGAGCCUGAAGUACCAACUCCGGGAGAAGAGAUGGAUGGCCGCCCUGAACAGAUACUCAGCUCAGAGGCAAACAGCAUGCACGUACAGUCGGCAGAGAGUCUCGGCCACAGACGCUCGUCCAGCUGGGGGAGGACUUACUCCUUCAGCAGCGCCAUCAGCAGGGGCUUCUUCACCGAGGCGCAGAACAGGGACGUCAAGGCUGGCAUCCAGCCCACACUACAGGUGUUCCUGACCAACUCCUCCAAUGUUUUCCUGCUGGAGCCAUGCCAAGAUGUAGCUAAACUCCUGGAUAACCAGGUGGAGGUGUGCAAGGGUGUUCUCAGCAUCUACCGGCACAUGAUCAUGGAGCACACGAUGAACACACAAACUUGGGAGCAGAUGCUGCAGGUACUGCUGAGGAUCACAGAGGCAGUGAUGAAGAGGCCACAGGAAAACCAAAGAAAAGACAGCUUCGCUGAAAGUUUAGCAUCUAUACUUUUUAGGACCAUCAUCGUGGCGUGGGUGCGAGCCAACCUGUGCGUGUUUAUCUCCCGGGAGCUGUGGGACGAGCUGCUGGCAGUGCUGUCCUCUCUCACCUGCUGGGAAGAGCUGGUGACAGAGUGGGCCAGCAUCAUGGACUCGCUGACGGCUGUGCUGGCGCGCUCCGUUUACGGCCUGGACAUGGCCAGCCUGCCUCUGGACAAACUCAGCGAGCAGAAGGAGAAGAAGCAGAGAGGACGUGGUGCGCUCCAGGACUCCCAGAAGGCAGCAGCAGUGGCGCGUUCCUUCUCACUGAGUCGGAGAAACCAAGGGGAGCAGGGCGUGCCGGGGGGGCAGGAGCCCAUGAGGAUUCGCUCCGCCACUACGUCAGGAGCCCCCGGUGUAGAGAAAGCCCUUUACAAUGUUCGACAGAAGGCCUCCGCUAAGCGAAGCCAGUCCAUCAGCAACUGUGUUCAUCUGUACGAAGCUUUGCCCAAUGCUAAAAGCGUUCCUAUGCUUCUCCACACUGUGAGCUCUUUCUUGCCUGGUAUCUCUUCUGGUAACUCUGCUUGCUCUCACAGACUCUCAGACGUGGAUGAGGGUCAGCUGUCAGAGUGUGGGGGGGAGGAGGAGCUGGGAGGCGGGGAAAGCCCUCUGCCACGUAGCAGCAGCACCUCCGACAUCACUCAACAGCUCUCUGACACUUUACCAGCCCAGAAGAGAGAGAGCUCCCCUACUUCCUGUGGCUCUGAUAGCAGGACGUCUGAGGGGAAGAGAGAGGUCAACGAGCCACCAGUGAUUCUCAUCCGGCGCUGCAGCAGUCCAACUGAGACAGAGGUCACCGCUGAGGGACAGUCAAACCAAGCAAGACACAAGCUCAGAGAGAAAAGUGAGAGUGUAAGCAGUGAGACGUCCAACGGCUACCUCAAUGAUGCUGAGGUCACCUGGCAGGCGUUUGAUGAGGAAGCGGACACUCAGUCCACACAGUCGGCUCACAUGGACGUGACGGCGGACCCCCAGAGCCAGGGGAGUCUGCUGCUCAGCCAUAAUGAGGCUCUAGCAGGUCCCGAGUAUCUCCUCCCUCCCCACUCUGCACCCCCGUCCUUCCACCACCACAACCACUACCAAUACCCCCAGCACCCGCCCGCCUCCCCGGCCCUGCUGGUGCACACAGAGUGCCCCAUGGACGACACCAUGCAUCAGUCUGUCUUACACAUGCCACACCACCUGGACAGUAGUGAGUGUCUGGCUGAUGACGUCAGCAUAAUUGCGGGUGGGACCCUGACUGGAUGGCAUGCUGACUCGGCCUUUGUCCUGUGGAGGAGGAUUUUGGGUAUCCUUGGAGAUGUCAACUGCAUCCGCUGCCCAAGAAUCCAUGCCAAGGUCUUCUUCUGCCUUUAUGAGCUCUGGCAUAAGCUGGCCAAGAUCCGGGACAACCUCGGGAUUAGUGUGGACAACCAGUCGUCUCCUCCCCAGCCCGACUACAUCCCUCCUCUUCGAAUGCUGGCCUCCUGGCUCUUUAGGUCCACCAUGCUGCCAUCUGAGUACAAGGCUGGGAAGCUGCAGGCCUUCAAGCUGAUCUGUGAGAUGAUGACCCGGCACCAGGAUGUUCUCCCUAACAGCGACUUCUUGGUGCACCUCUACCACACCAUGCACAAAGGCAUUACCAGCAACGACCAGGAUGUUUUGAACACCAUCAUCCGUGCCUGCUCUCCACGUUUCUUCUUCCUCGGCCUGCCCGGCUUCACCAUGCUUGUUGGAGAUUUCAUCACUGCCGCUGCCCGCGUCCUCAGAUCUGACUCCUCAGAGGCUCCGAGGAUGGAGGCUCAGACAAUCCUGGGCUCCCUGGUGUGCUUCCCCAACCUCUACCUCCAGAUUCCUGUGCUGCAGCGUGUGCCCGGCUCUGAUGACAUCAUCGUAGGAAAUGAGGAUAUCAAGGAUUACCUGGUGAACAUCCUCCUAGAGAUGGCAACAAGGGAACACUGUGAAGGAGCCAGGUGCAUUGCUGUGUGCACUCUGGGUCUGUGGGUUUGUGAGGAGCUGACGCAGAAGAACAUCCACCACCAGGUUAAAGACGCCAUCAAUGUGCUGGGCGUAACACUAAAGUUUGGAAACAAAGCAGUGGCUCAAGUGGCCUGUGACGUAUUCCAGCUGCUCAUCUCUCACUGGGAACAUCUCCAGAGGCUGGAGCCCACUCUACCUAAGAAAAUCAUUGAGAUCUUUGUGGCCACAAUAGCCUUUUUGUUGCCGAGCGCGGAGCACUCAACAGUGGAGGCAGACAAAAAGUUGAUGGUGUCCCUGCUGCUCUGCCUGUUGGACUGGUGCAUGGCUGUUCCCUUGAGUCUGCUGCUGGAACCCAUCACUAUGCCUUCUCCGGAGGACCGCACAUCCCAUAAGGCCCCGCUGCUGGACUACAUCUACAGGGUGCUGCACUGCUGUGUGUCGGGCUCCACCCUGCACACCCAACAGAGCCACUACCUGCUCAGUCUGUCGGACCUGUCGCCCGACUAUGACCUCAUGUUGGGUCAGGUUAAGAGCUUCGAGCCCCCACCCUCCCAGACAACCUCCUCCGACUUCGGCAACCUGCUCACAGUCGCUGAGGAAAAGCGUCGUCGGAACAUGGAGCUGAUUCCCCUGACAGCACGGAUGGUCAUGACCCACCUGGUGAACCAUCUGGGCCACCACCCGCUGAGCGGCGGCCCGGCCCUUCUCCACAGCCUCGUGAGCGAGAACCACGACAACCCUUAUGUGGAGUCGUCCGAGCUGUCCUCCGAGGUUUUCAAAAGCCCAAACCUCCAGCUGUUUGUGUUCAACGACAGCACGCUGGUGUCCUACCUGCAGAUCCCUGCAGAGACCCCCGCCGUCGGACAGCCCCCCAAAUCUUCCUCCCAAGUACGUGUGAUCGUCCGCGACAUCUCGGGGAAGUACUCGUGGGAUGGCGCAAUCCUCUACUGCACCAACCAUGACGACUGUGAUGAUGCAGGCGUUUUUGAUGCAGUUGAUCGCCCUCUUUCCACCACCUCUCAUGACCCUCACAGCAGAAACCAGCCUGACUCUCCAACAAAUGGACCGUACAAAAACCAUUGCUCAGUCUCCGACUCGCUGUCAGACUGCUACGAGGAGGAAGGGUUGGAUAUAUUGGACACGCUUUUGGAGGACUUGGGCCACAGCAGCCCAGAAUGCCUCCCCGUACCACAGCUCAGGCUAAACCAGCCAGCCCCCUCCCCGCAUGGCAUGAACUUAGAGCAAGAGAGCGCCAUCAUGGAGGCAAUCUUGCGUCAGAUGCAGCAGGAGGAGGAGCAGGUGAGGAGGUGGGAUGCUGACUUGAGCUUUAAGGCUGCCUGCCAGAGUGAACCGUCCCACCAGGAACCAAAAGCUCCUUUCUACUUUUGCCGGCUGCUGCUCAAUGACCUUGGCAUGAACUCUUGGGACCGCAGGAAAAGUUUCCAUUUGCUGAAGAAAAACUCCAAACUUUUAAGGGAAUUGAAGAACUUGGAUUCCAGGCAAUGUCGAGAAACACACAAGAUCGCUGUGUUCUACAUUGGAGAGGGCCAAGAGGACAAGUGCUCCAUCCUGUCUAACAGCGCGGGCAGCCAGGCCUAUGAGGACUUUGUGUCAGGACUGGGAUGGGAGGUGGACCUGGCCACACACUGCGGCUUUAUGGGAGGCCUCCAGAGGAAUGGCAGUACGGGUCUAACGGCUCCUUAUUAUGCUACCUCCACUGUGGAAACCAUCUUCCACGUCUCCACUCGCAUGCCAUCUGACUCUGACUGCCUUACCAAAAAGCUACGUCACCUGGGAAACGACGAGGUGCACAUAGUGUGGUCGGAGCACAGCAGGGACUACCGGCGUGGCAUCAUCCCGACUGACUUUGGAGACGUGCUGAUCAUCAUCUACCCCAUGAAGAACCACAUGUAUUUCAUCCAGAUCAUGAAGAAACCACAGGUUCCUUUCUUCGGGCCUCUGUUCAAUGGCGCCAUCAUCACGGGGACGCUGCUGCCCAGCUUGGUGCGGGCCACCUGUGUCAAUGCCAGCAGAGCUGUCAAGUCCCGGCUGACUCUCUACCAGAGCUUCUAUGAGGAGCGGGCGCUCUACCUGGAGGCCAUUGUUCAGAACCACAGAGAGGUCAUGACCUUCGAAGAUUUUGCCUCACAGGUCUUCUCCCCCUCUCCUGGCUAUCCAAUGAGUGGGACAGCACUAACCAAGCUUUAUUUACGGAGUGCUCUGACAAAGGGGUAAAGGGACAGAGAAACCAGGCUGUUUAUUUGGGGGGUGUCCUACUGUUUAGGCCAGGCUGGUAAUUGAAAGUGAUGCACGGUGGGGACAAUUAGCACCUGACUAAGUAGCAGCAUGAACAAUAAGGCUACACUUCUGGCCCUCGCUUCUGCAUGUAGCGCGCCUUUAUCUCUUGCCCCAGCAAACACUUUUCUCUUUCCUUUCUUUCCCCCAAUCCGUCCACCCCCCUUAUUUCCUCCUGUUGGAGUGUGCCUGUUUGCCUGGGGCAGACUGAGACUAACACCUGCCGCACUGGAAGAUGUCUUUGUCAUCUAAAGCCUUGUUUGAAUUGCUGCAGAGGGGACCAAUGGGAUAGCAGGGCCAUUUAAAGACCCUCUUUGUUUUCUUUCUCUCUCCCUUAUUCCUCCCAUGUGAAAUAAACCUCACUGUAAGGCAGAUUGGGCUGAGCAAGGAGCGGAAAUGCGGAGUUAAAAUUACCAUAAUGAUACAUUAGCCUCUUCUUGAUCUGGGUUAUUUUUUUUUCAAGCGGUAUCUUACUAUGAAAAUGAAUUCUUACAUGAGGCCAUACAGUGAAGAACAUCAAUUAACCGAUGCAGCCGCAGUCAUUAAGUGCCACAGUGGGAGUGAUGACUGUUUAGUGCAGCAUGUUUUAAUGGCCGCUAAACGAAAAGGGAAGUCUGUUGAGUGGGUGGUGAACUGUACCGCACUAUUGUCAGUGUGUAUUGGCUGUAAUAGGUGGUUGCCUUCCUCCUGUCUAUCAUAUGUUUUCACAGUACAUGCAGAUGGAGUUAAGCCCACAAAAAGUGUUUACUGUAGGAAUGAGUAGAAGAAUACGGGAAUGCAGGAAUUAUUCCGUCCAUCAGACCAGCCUAUUUUCUUCUUUUUUUUUGCCAAGCCAGUCCCUUUUUUUAUAUUCAUAUGCAGAUUUGAGAAUCCAUGUUCGGACCCCCCUCGCCUCCCCUCUAGCCGUUCACAAUACACACACCCUAUGUUUCAUCCAUAGCCCAGCCCUCCUCUCCCAGUGAGCGCGGCCCUGGAUGCUGCCGGUGGCCACUGUGCUGCUGAGUGUCUGUUACUCCAGCCAUCUGCCGUUCCUUUUAGCCGCUGCAACUUGAGAUGCCUCGGAAAAAUGGCAGGAAAUAAAAGGAUAGGAAAGAAAAUAGGCAACCAGAUGCCACCUCCACAAAGCAGAAAAGUUGUUUAAACUCGAGGCAUGGGGGCCAAGGGGGGGGGGGGGGGGGAGGUAGGCAGGCAGCAGGUCUGGGUUUGGUCAGGGGCACACUGAGAAAGUCCGGGCGACGUUCACAAUACUUGAUUGCCCCCCCCAUGCCCACUUCCCGGCCCAUUACUUCUUGCUGUCCCCUUAUCUGUGAAAAACAUUUUUUUAUAAAAAGAACGGUACUUAACAAUGGGAAGGCUCCACAUGUUCACAACAAGAGCAUAAUGUGCAAUUUUAUUUCCAUUCAAAGCAUUUUGCUGUCACACUGUGAACUGAAUACUUUUUUUUUACCCUUAGCUACAAAGGUUGCCUCAUUUUUGUAUGUCAUUUAAGCAUCUGGAAGCUCUGUAUUCGGAAGAAAGGCGGCUUCUCUUUUAACAAGCUUUGCUUUCCCACAGCAUGUGAAAGAAGCACGUUAUCUCUGAAAUAUUUGAAAUCACUUUCUCAUAUCUUAAUUGUAAUGACUUAAUGGGUGAAACAAACUCAAAUCUCAGCACUUUGACAGUUUGAAUUGUACGUUUUUGUGAAUGUCGGUGAAAAAACCAGGUGAUCUUGUUUGUGGUAGCAGCCAAAUGCAUGACAAAGCAUGCUGGGAUAAAACGGCAAUCACACAACCUGAUGAACCCCACUGCCAUGUCUAACUCUGUCUCAUCUAUUGUUGUCCUUUUCUUCCUGUCCACAAUCUCUCCCUCCAUCUCUCUCCCAGGCUCCUUCACCGGCAGCGUGAGCACAGAAUCCGGAAGCAACGCAGGACCAACGGACCCCGUGGACCAGGUUUCUCCCACAAUGCCCCGUGCCACGAAGAACAGAGUGUCCGGAAAGCUCCGCCGGUCAGCCAGCGCUAUAAGCAAAUCCUCCAACUGAGCUCUUCAUCCCGUCCCCUUUUCCCCACCCGAGUGCAGCCUUUAAUCUUUCUCUCAAAGAGCCUCACACACCCAGCCGUGACUGCAAGUGUUUCUUGGCGUGUACUGUUUUUCUUUGUUUUAUUUCGUGUCAUAUAAACAUGUAACUGGAGCAUAAUGCAAUUUUUUAAUUUAAGUGGCAAUCAUUGAUUUUCGUUGAUACAUUUCUAUUUGUUGUGGUGUUUAACUGCUUAAUCGAGAUGGACAUGUGACUACGCUAUUUAUGUUCACCCUGGUGGUUUCAGCAUAAGGACCAGCAGCAUAGGAAGACUUGAAUGAGAAGUCGUGAAAGGAACCUGUGAUAAAAAGAAAUGUCAUUUUUAUUUUCAUGUUUCUAGUGUUGUCUCUAUGCACUGGAGAGUAAGGCGUUCUUACUAUGUUAAGGGAAAGGGAGACUGCUUCACCCUGUUUCUGUAUCUCAUCUGUCUCAACACUUAAUGUGACAAAGCACUGAAGGACACCGCUGUAAACGGCAUCAUGCUAGAACUGCACAAAUGUUGGGAUCCAUUUAUAAAUAUGUUUGCCUUUUUUUACCUCCUACCUUUCUGCUGUGUCAAAGAUAGCCACUGGGGACAGGAAGUUGCUCUUAAGCACCAGUGUGGACCAUGUUCAUGGACUUCCAUACACUGAGGAAGGAAGAAAGAAACACUGAUGCAUGGGGAUAGCCUCCCCAGAACUGUCCGUGCUCCCUGCACUACCACACAUACUUUCUGAGUCCCUGCAGGACGUGCAGUCAGGAGGAUUUUUAAUUGUCUUCAACCCAGAGUGGACAAUCAAUGACGUCUUUUCUAACUGGAGCUUAAUAGAAAAUCUGUUUGGGGUUGUGUUGUUUUUUUUACCCCUCUAAUUUUCAUUUUUAAAUGAAUUCCGAUGGAUUGUGUCAUGAUUUGAUUUAUGCAACUCUGCUGAAACGAGAAAAGACUGCGUUUGUAAUUGUUUUCUGAUGUCGUUAACUUGGGCUCAUGUCCGGUAAUUGAAUAAGUUCCUCCUGUCUCUUUCCUCCGCUAUCAGUUUCCCCUGUCCUGUGAAACGAAGGCAUCGACAUUCCAAUGUUUAUUUUUUGCACUGUCAUUGAUUUACCUAGCAUUUGAAUGUUUCUCUUCGUUCUUGGAUGUAAAUUGCUUUACAUUUUAUUUGCUAGAUUUAUAUUAGAAAGGACUAUUUGAUGUUGUAUUGUAUUAUCUAUUCAUGUGCUGUUUUAGAGGAAAUAUGCCGCCAGAGCCUCAGGUGAAUCUUAAGUCCAUGCACUGGUGUGUUUGAGUGUGUGUGUAUGAGUGUGUGAGUUUCAGAGGGAGCUUCUCACAGUGCCUGUGUUAUGUCUGUCCUCUAACAUGCUGUCCAACACCACCUCUCCUCCCCGUAAUCACAUUGUAGUUUCUCUUCUUUUGUGACUCCCUGCAUCACAUCUCCAUCAUUAGUUAGUAGUCUAAAACAAAGCCCCCCACCCCCCCUCUCCCUCUCUGUGUCUCUAAAGGUCAGCGUCUUGUGCUUCCCACAACAAAAACAGCAGCAGAUGGCUUUGUGGGGUUCUCUCUUUUAGUCUUUAUUACAGGUGGUGCGCUGCUCCGUCCCUGAAUAGGAGUCAAGGAGGCACCUCCACUUUCCCAUAAUCCUCCGCCCUCGCCCACAUCGCCUCCCAAGAGAGGGGUGGGUGUUCUGCGUUUAGGUGGCAUGCCUGAGCUGAACUCUAGCAGCCCUCCUAGCAACAGCCUUGCCGACGCUCACUUCUCCAACCUGCCCGCUCGGGGUAGUCAUGGCAGCCAGGUGUUCCACACACACCCUCAGAGGGCUCCACCCAAGCUGCAACUCUAUCCCCAUCUGUUGCACUACUAUGCCUUACUUUCCCCCCAUCGCUCUCCUGUCUGUUGUCUUUACUAACCUGCACACGUCGCCUCCUUUUGUUUGGGUUGAUUCAUUUUUUUUGAAGAAUGUAUAAAUAUAGGCCUGGAUCACAUCUAUGUUUUUGUUAUUUCCCCCCCGCCCAGGAUGCUGAUCUUAAAGAUUGUAGUUUAUUAGCAGAUGUCUUUAGAAAGGGGUCUGUGCUCCCCCUUUGGUGGUUUAGUUGGCUGGAGAUGUUAGUUUUGGACCAAGAUAAGGAUUGUGUGUCUUAUAAAUGUGAGGAAACUGAACUAGUGUUAGCCCUAGUAUGUUUUUUUCUCUCUUUCUUCUCGUUUUAGAAAAAUCCUUGUACAUUGUGUCAAAUUUGAAGGCUCGAGCUCCUUCCGAAUAUAAAUAUAUGAAUGCCUGUAAUAUAAUCUUUGUAUAAGAGAAAGAGGAACAAAAGCUUGAAGAUUUCAUCAUUACUUGUCAACAUAUCAAACUGUUUUUAACGACCGAGUUCCUGCUAUCUUUAUUAGAAAUGUGAAAAUUGAAACAUUUCAUUAAAUCAAUUUGAAAUUCUA